AGUAAGAAAACAAAAGGGAUUGAGAAAUUUCUGAUAAGGUUAAUCGAGAAAAACCCUUCCGCCGUAUCUCACCGUCGUCACCAUCUCGUCGUCACCAUCUCUCGUCUCUCACCAUCGUCAGCAUCUCACCGUCGGCUCUCUCCAUCGUCGACAUCUCUCCAUCUUCACCAUCUUCCGCCGGUUCGAUUUGUUCACCGUCUUCCGCCGUGAUCACAUAGGCGAUCACAUUGUUGACUCGAGCCAAUCCCAAGUGAGAAAAAAUCCAUGUGGAGAAGAGAAAUCGAAGUUCUUCUGUCUGUUAGUGAUCACAUUGUUGAAUUGGUACCUUCCUUCCAGAACGUUCCCAAUGGAAACAAGAUUGAGGUGAUGAAUUGCAGACCAAGAUCAGAUCUCUUUACUUGUCUUCCUGCUCUACGGAAGCUAGACAAUAUGCUUAUUGAAAUAUUAGAUAGUUUUGGAGAAACAACAGAGUUCUGGUACGUUGAUCAAGGGAUUGUAGCUGUGGAAUCUGUAAGGUCUAACUCUUUCCGUGAAGACGGAGACAAAUGGUGGCUUCCACUGCCGCGUGUGCCAUCCGAUGGACUUACCGAACAAUCUAGGAAGAAACUGGACCACACUCGUGAAUUCACUAACCAGAUCUUGAAAUCUUGUAUGUCAAUCAACAGCAUUGCUUUAGCUGAUAUGGAGGUUCCACAAUCAUACCUUGAAGCUCUACCAAAGAACGGGAGAUCAUGCCUUAGUGAUUUUCUAUAUAGAAACAUCACAUCAGAUAACUUCACAGCGGAUCACUUGCUUGAGUCAAUAGAUCUUUCAUCUGAGCACGCGGUUGUAGAGAUGGUGAAUCGAGUAGAAGCAUCUAUACACGUUUGGAGGCGAAGAGCUCACUCAAGGCAUAUGAUUUCUCUGUAUAGAUCCACAAGUACAAGAUGGGGGAUGAUAGUGAAAGAGAUGAUGAUGCAUCAAAGCGAUGGUGACAAAAGGGAACUAUUUGCGGAGAGAGCCGAAAGCUUAUUGAUCCGACUCAAGCAGCGUUUCCCGGGACUUAGACAGACAGCUUUAGACACAAGCAAGAUCCAAUACAACAAGGAUGUAGGGAAGUCUAUACUUGAGAGCUACUCAAGGGUAUUAGAGAGUUUGGCAUAUAGCAUUGGCGUACGCAUAGAGGAAGUGUUGUUUAUGGACGACAUUAGCAAAGAAGAUGGUGAUGAUGGUUCUUGUUCAGACAAGUUGAGAUUGUUGUCUAAAGAAUCAGCUAAUGGUGGCAAAGAAGAUGGUGAUGAUGGUUCUUGUUCAGACAAGUUGAGAUUGUUGUCUAAAGAAUCAGCUAAUGGUGGCUCAGGCUCUCUAAGGAAGAAACUUUCUGCUCCAUCGUUGUUCUCUGUGUCAUUCUCAGGCACGUCAACUCCGUACAGAACUCCAUCAUUCUCAGCAUCAACUCCAAGUUAUUCACCAAUGCCGUUGAUAAGCCCCAUCAACGGAGGAAGAGGAGAAAGAGCUCCGUUUCUCUCUGGGAGGAACAUUAGAGAACGUUGUGGGUUUGGUCCAAAGAAAGCAUUGGCUAAUUAUCUCCGGGGUUGAGUUUUAAACUAAGGAAUUAGAAUUUUUUCAUUAUGUUAGUUAUCAUCGAGUUAAAAGCUUAUUUAAAUCUUUUAUUUUCUAGUAUCUCUUGUCAUUUGAUCUACGUACACUUGAUGUUGCUAUUUGAAUGACAUAUGUUAUAUAUUUUGAAGUGA